AUGACAGAAAUAGGGUUGAAAACGGCAGAUAGCUUGAUAAGCUCCCGCGAAGACCACUCAGAGAUCAUAGAGGCUCUUUUAUCUGACCAUGGAAGUCCCAUAUCCAAAGCGAGUCCUUCCCCAUAUGUUGCAAUAUCCAACUUUGCUCGGAAGUUACCUCUCUUAAAUAGAGUUGUACCCGGCGAAAGUGAACACGCUGGCCUAAUAAGCGCACUCCUCGAGAAGCAACGCACAUGUAUCACCUAUAAAAGCUGGAGAGAGGUAUCACUUCAGCUCGAUGAAUUACUUGGUAAUAACGCAUGGAAAGAGAACCCAAAAUCGAGUUUAUAUGACUAUGACUUGAUUUAUAGCAGUCUCAUGGAGAUGCGGGAAGCCAGAUUGGCCAAAGAUUACAAGCUUUUGUUGUACUUGAUUCGUACCAAGUGGACAAGAAAUAUAGGCAAUAUGGGUGACAUAGGCUUGUACCGCCAUGCGUACGUCGGUACCAAAAAGCUCAUUGAGGAAUAUACUCAAGAGUGCGAGGAGGCGUUGGAAUACUUGAUCAAUGGAAGUCAGGUCGAUUUGGACGACCGUUAUCUAUUGGGAAUGCUCAUCCAGACCCGAAAGAACAUUGGACGAACUGCACUCGUUCUUUCUGGUGGAAGCACCUUUGGGAUCUUCCACAUUGGUGUUCUUAUUACCUUGAUUGAGGAGAACUUACUUCCCCGGAUUAUAAGUGGUUCAUCCUCCGGAUCUAUCAUGGCAAGUAUUAUGUGCUCACACACAAAUGAAGAGACAGUGGAACUCCUCAAGAACAUCAGUGAAAGAGAGUUUCGUAUUUUUGAAAUUAACUCGACUUUGGACCGAGAGGAACCGACCAAGAAGGGAAAUUUGAAGAACACCUUAGAAUGCUUGAGUCAUUUCAUCAAGUACGGUACAUUUUUUGAUAUAUGUGGACUCAAGAAGACCAUGAUUGAUUUUGUGGGCGACCUAACGUUCAGAGAGGCUUACAAUCGAACGGGAAAGAUCUUGAAUAUCACGGUCUCGCCAACAUCCAUUCAUGAACAGACAAGACUUCUCAACUAUACCACUGCACCUAAUUGCUUGAUUUGGUCUGCAGUUUGUGCGUCUUGCUCGCUUCCUGGUGUUUUCCCAUCCACUACAAUUUAUGAAAAGAUUCCUAAAACCAAUCAAAUUCAAGAAUGGAACAACGACACUUCCAUGAAAUUUGUUGAUGGCUCUAUGGAGAACGAUCUUCCCAUUGCCAGGUUAUCAGAAAUGUUUAACGUCGAUCAUAUAAUCGCAUGCCAAGUGAAUCCUCACGUGGUCCCGAUGCUUAAGAUUUCGGUGACCAGUAUUGGUGGAGAUUACGAUAACGAACUCAGCUACAAAGUGAAAAAUUUGUGUAACAAUGUCUACAAUUUUGUUACGUCUGAAGUUGUUCAUUAUUUGCGGGUGCUUAAUGAACUCAAUAUUUAUAAGAACUUGUCAAGCAAGCUCAUUUCAAUUCUAAUCCAAAACUAUUCAGGUGACAUCACCAUUCUUCCUGACUAUAAGGUGAUUGAUUUUUUGAAAAUUUUUGAAAAUCCAACGACGGAUUUUUUACUCGAUUUCGUUAUUCGAGGCGCUAGAUCGUCUUGGCCCAAGGUCACGGUCAUAAAAAACCAUUGUGGUGUGGAAUUUGCUCUCGAUAAAGCCAUCAGUUUGCUUCGUGGUCGUUUAAUUACGACUGCAAGCGAAAAUGGAAACACUUUGGUUGUGCCGAAUGGCAUUAAUAAAAUGAUGCACAAUGACUUCUCAGCCUUGGUUAGCACCCCUGUACCACAAAACUACCAACCACGUCUGCUGUCCAAUCCAGUCACACCUGAUCGUUCGGUGCCGAUGAGGAAAGCGCCUGCGAUUCGCCGGCACAACUCAACUUCCAAUACCGUUGCAACAACGCCGGCCAGCAAGCAUUUACCAAGAAAACACAACUCCAUUAGUAUCCAUUCUCCAGCCAGCAACGGUGUUUCGAGAGGAAAGUCUACUACCGCUUUAUCUUCUUUACCAUAUAGUGUUGCCUCACCAUAUUCACGAGUUCCCAAAUCUGCCGAUAGCAGCUCGUGGAGAACGGAACAAGAUCGGAUUCACACAAAGCUUCGGGACCACAUGGAAAAGAAGGGAGUACGUCGGGCUCGAAGCUCCGGUAAUAUUCAAAGCUCUCCAGGAACCCGUGGUGGAGAUGAGCAUCAAGGCAGAAUACUUGCACCUGACAGGGCAUUUGGAAAUCCAUACAUUGAGUACGCCUUGAAAUCUUCAAGCUAUAAAAGUAAAGAGCCUGAACUUGAAGCAACCGAGAAGGCUAGUGUCAACUUGCCUCGUAUCUCCCACUCCAAUUCUCUCAAGAACUCAUACGUGGGCUUGAACAGACUCAAAGAGACAAACAUAUCAAAGUCAGGUAAUAAUUCGAGCUACAAUUUGGAGGAGUUUGCAAAGCUUCAGUUCCAAGUUCAGAAACCCAACGAAGAGUCAACUCGAAAUGUCUCUUUUAGAAAAGUGACCGCUCUGGAUCGAAGUACACCUAAUAAAACAGACGAUGAUUCCGAUAAUUACAGGGUUGAAGAUUUUGUCCCCGACUCUGACGAUUCUGACGAUACUCUUCAUAAAAAAAUCGAGGAGGAUGUGUUUGAGGAUAAUGACGAAGAGUAG